AUGGUCGGCAAAGAUUGUGUUGCUAUUGCCUGCGACUUGCGAUUAGGUCUCCAGGCAUUGACAGUUUCCAACAACUUCCCUAAGAUCUUCAGCUAUGCACCAUCCGUCUUUCUAGGCCUUACCGGCUUGGCUACGGAUGUUCAGACAGUCUCAGAUACCUUCCGCUACAAAGUCAACAUGUAUCGACUAAGAGAAGAGCGAAACAUCGCCCCCCAGACCUUGGCAAACCUGGUUUCAUCUAGUCUAUACGAAAGACGAUUCGGUCCUUGGUUUGUAAGUCCUGUCCUGGCUGGAAUCAAUCACACAACGGGGAAGCCCUUCAUCUGUGGAUUUGACAGCAUUGGAUGCAUCGACUUCGCCAAGGACUUCAUUGUCGCCGGAACCGCCAGUGAUCAAUUAUUUGGUACUUGCGAGGGUCUGUGGGAACCUGAUUUGGAGCCCGAGGAUCUAUUCGAGACGAUAUCACAAGCCCUACUCAAUGCUGUUGACCGAGAUGCCUUGUCCGGAUGGGGUGCCCACGUCUACAUCAUCGAAAAAGAUAAGGUGACAAAGAGACUACUCAAGGGAAGACAGGAUUAA